GAAUUUAGGCAAACUGGAAAUCCUGCAUGUCAAACUUGAAAUUUUCAAAACAAAAACAUUGAUGCCCUUUGUGGCCCCUAUAAAUAACUCUUAACUAUCACCCACUUUUUUCACAUCAAAUUUGGUUCAAUUAAUAUUACAAAUAUGUUAUUUCCCAGUAUGUGGAAGGGUCUAGUAGCCAUUUUUAUGGCCGGAAUUAUCGCCGGAUUGGUGUCGGUAAAGGCUCAAAUGGUGGCUGAUAUAGUAACAGACCAGUUCUUUAAUGGAAUUUUGAAUCAAGCAGAUGCCAGUUGCGAAGGGAGGAAUUUUUAUUCAAGGGCUGCAUUUCUUGAAGCUCUCAAUUCUUUUACUCAAUUUGGUACAGCUGAUGAUACUAGGCGUGAGGUUGCUGCUUUCUUUGCUCAUGUCACCCAUGAAACUGGACAUUUUUGCUACAUAGAAGAGAUAAAUGGUGCAACCAGGGACUACUGUGAUGAGACCAACACCCAAUAUCCAUGCAACCCUGAUAAAGGCUACUACGGUCGGGGUCCGAUCCAACUAUCCUGGAACUUUAACUAUGGACCAGCUGGGGAGAGCAUCGGGUUCGACGGACUAAACUCACCUGAAACCGUAGCCACGGACCCUGUUAUCUCCUUCAAGACGGCCUUGUGGUAUUGGGUGAACUUUGUUCAACCGGUUAUAAGCCAAGGGUUCGGGGCAACGAUUCGAGCCAUUAAUGGGGCUAUUGAAUGCGAUGGUGGGAACCAAGCUGCGGUUCAAGCUCGGAUUAAUUACUAUACAGAAUAUUGUAGCCGGUUUGGUGUUGAUCCUGGACCUAAUCUUUCAUGCUAGAAUUUUAUUUAUACUUUCUUGUUUCGGCUACUUAAUUCUCAGAAACUAAAAUAAAGAGACUUGUGUACGACAUGAAGUCAACAUUAGAGCAUCAAUAAAUUAUUUACUUGGGGAUUA